UUCUUCACCAACAACGCGCCUACUCUUUCAACCGCCUCGGUAGCUUGCUAGCCAACAUAAAACAGAAAGAUUGACGCUUUAGACCAUGUUAAUGUACAUUAGCUAAUCUCAGUGUUGUAAACACAAUUCUGUUGACCUAUCUACUGUUUAACUUUAACCUAAUUUGCUUGUUCAAUUUGCAAACUUGUUAAAGAUUGAUGAUGAGCCUAGCACUAGGCUAGUCGCUAAUGCUAACUCGCUAGCUAACAUCCUUGACCAUGAGCUCGCUAAACUACUCCUCCUGCUAAAGAAGAGGAGGUUUGCUGUACGGGGAAAGAAGCUCUGGCGCUGAACAUUGUCGUGGAAGAAGAAGAGGAGGGUAUUACAGUGAAAGAAGAGAAAGAACCUUUCAGAAUGAAAAAGGAGGAAGAGGAGGUUGUUAUAGUGAAGGAAGAAGAGGCUGUUAUAGUGAAGGAAGAAGAGAAAGAACCUUUCAGAAUGAAAAGGGAGGAAGAGGAGGCUAUCUCAAUAAAGGUGAAGAUGGAAGACGUUUUUGGAGUGAAAGAGGAGGAGACAGAAGAUCCGAUUAACACCACAGGAGAGAGACAUGACUAUGGUGGAUCCUCUGGGGAGCCUCAACAACAUCCUGAUACUGAUGAGUCAGAGAAGAGUCUCUCCAGAACAGAACACCAGAUGGACAACACUAGCCCUUCCUCCCUCCUGGAGUCCCUGUGUCGUGCCUCUCCCGGUAGCACCUUACUGCUGGGUAUGAAGAGGUUGUCUGUGUUGCUGGUGGACUGCAGGAAAACAACGGGGCUGAGUGGAACUGUGAGAGGAGGAGAAGAGAAGAAAGGAUCAGAUUUGACUCAUCAAAGAGAAAGACCAGACUCAGAGGAACCAGAGCCAGGGACGUCCAAACCAGCAAGACGACACCAGUGCUCCCACUGUAGAAAGGGUUGUAACCGGUUAUGGAACCUGAAACAACACGAGAAAAUACACACAGGGGAGAAGCCUUACCACUGCGCCCAGUGUGGAAAGAGUUUCAAACGGCCUUGUCAUCUGAAACAACAUGACAGAAUACACACAGGGGAGAAGCCUUACCACUGCUCCCAGUGUGGACAGUGUUUCAAGCGGUCAGGGGAGCUGAAACAACAUGAGAGAAUACACACAGGGGAGAAGCCUUACCACUGCUCCCAGUGUGGAAAGUGUUUCAACAGGUUAGGGGAUGUGAAACGACAUGGGAGAAUACACACAGUAGAGAAGCCUUACCACUGCUCCCAGUGUGGGAAGUUUUUCGGACGGCCUUGUCAUCUGAAACGACAUGAGAGAAUACACACAGGGUGGAAGCCUUACCACUGCUCCCAGUGUGGAAACAGUUUCAAACGGCCUUGUCAUCUGAAACGGCAUGAGAGAAUACACACAGGGGAGAAGCCUUACCACUGCUCCCAGUGUGGAAAGAGUUUCGAACGGCCUUGUCAUCUGAAACAACAUGAGAGAAUACACACAGGGGAGAAGCCUUACCACUACUCCCAAUGUGGAAAGAGUUUUAACGAUUUAGGGUACCUGAAACAACAUGAGAGAAUACACACAAGAUAGAAGCCUUACCACUGCUCCCAGUGUGGAAAGUGUUUCAACAAGUCAGGGGAGGUGAAACGACAUGAGACGGCCUUGUCAUCUGAAACGGCAUGAGAGAAUACACACAGGGGAGAAGCCUUACCACUGCUCCCAGUGUGGAAAGAGUUUCAAACGGCCUUGUCAUCUGAAACAACAUGAGAGAAUACACCCAGGGGAGAAGCCUUACCACUACUACCAAUGUGGAAAGAGUUUUAACGAUUUAGGGUACCUGAAACAACAUGAGAGAAUACACACAAGAUAGAAGCCAGACCACUGCUCCCAGUGUGGAAAGUGUUUCAACCAGUCGAGGGAGCUGAAACGGCAUGAAAGAAUACACACAGUAGAGAAGCCUUACCAUUGCUCCCAGUGUGGAAAGAGUUUUAACCAGAAAAGCAAUCUGAUCAAACACGAGAAAAUACACAGAGGGGAGAAGCCUUACCACUCCUCCCAGGGUGCAAAGCGUUUGCCCAUUUAGGAAGCCUGAAAGAACACAUGAGACUGCACACAGAGCGGAGAAUGCUUACAAAAGCCCAGACUGUGGGAAAACAUAUUACUCAUCACAGUCACUUAAACGUCAUGAGAGAAUCCACACAAAGAGAAGAAUUACUUGUAUAUUGAUAUUUCACAUCACAUUGACUUAAAAUUCAUCAGAGAACAUACACAGUGCUCCCAUUGUCUUAUAUUGUUGACUGAUAAUGUGUUUACCUGUCUUUACCGUUUGAAAUUAAAUGGUACAGGGUAUACUCAAACAUAUAUUUGUUUGUUUUUAUUAGAAAACAUGAAUUUAAUAUGUAGUAUGUCAGUUUGAAUAUAAAGAAGAUCAGGUUGCUUGUGUUUAAAUGGUCAUUUUUAAAACUCUUUGUGUGUGUUUAUCUGGGUGUGUCAUUCCUCCAGCACUACAGAUAAUACAGUGAUAUUUGGAUGUGAUGCAUUUGUUCCAUUGUAAAUACAUUUGCAUUGUUGGCCCACUGAUGAUUUAAUGAAAUUAAAAUAUUCAGACUGUAACGGAAAAUGUUAAUUGUAUGUGUGUCCACAUAACUGAUUAUGUGACUAACCUUGUGAAACUGUCCUAUUAUAAUCUCCUGUUCUUGGGACCAUCAUUAUGUGUUGCAAACCAGCUGCACCUGCGUCCUUGUAUGAAUAAAGUCCCUCCCAGGAACAGGAAACUAUAAAGAUAUGUGCUCAUCACCCAAUGCUUCAGGAAUUCAGACUGUCUACACUGUGCUGUGUAACUCUGUUAUUCUCUCUGAGCUCAGAAAUAAAGAAUCUUGGUUUGA